CGUCCACGCUAUCCGCAGCGUAGCGCGCAUGCUCGCUGUGCGCUGCCUUGUUCUUGCUCUGUCUUACACCGUGUUGGGAGUUUGGCAAGCCUCUCUCCAAGCGUACGUUAUUCUCCUGUUUUAUCAUGUUCUACUGAAGAAAAACGUGAAUGUGUCACAGUUAAGAACAACUGGAAGGUGGUUUUGCAAACAGCCAUGCUGCGUGUGUGCAGAAACGUGAGCCGUGCAGUAGCCCAGCAGUGCCUGUGUGGUAAAGCACCACUCCGUCCUCUACAACCUCUUCGCCGAUAUACAACACAGGGGGAAUCUGGUGGUUCUGCAGGCAAAAUAAUUGGAGCCAGCCUUCUGUUUGUUGGGGGAGGAUUUGGUGGCACAAUAUUGUAUGCAAAGUGGGAUCCGAAAUUCCGACAGAAUGUAGAGCAGUCCGUCCCCUAUGCUGACAAAGUCUUUGAUGUCACCCUUGGCCCCGCCCCUUAUGUAUUGCCUAUGCCAAAGAAACCGAUUCCUUACAUGAGCGAGGUGACGAAAGAACCAAAGCAGCCCAAACCAAAGGGAAAGAAGAGUGAACCGGCAGAGGCUGCCCCAGCACCAGCCCCUGUGGAGGAACAGAAACUGAAAGAGUCCUCUGUGGAGGCAGGGCACAUCAUUUCAGCGAUCGGAGAGGCCCUGUCAGUGCCCGCUCCUGGCACCCACGAAGGGCAAGGAGAGCAAGAGGGGGAACACAAGCAUGCUGCAGUAGCAGGUGGGGAGGUGUGUGAGAAAUGCGAGGAGAGUGGACACAAGGACCUGCCGGCAGUGAAGGAACGCCCGCCUGAGGAGGUGGCAGCCCGGCUCGCCAAGCAGGAUCAAGAGGAGCAGGAGAAGAGUGCCGCUCUGGCGGCGAUGUUGGAGGAGGCUCUGGGCAGCACAGCCCGUGUGACUCUACAGGCCAUUGCUGCACAGGAUGCUGCUGUUGAGUCAAUCAACAGCCAUGCCCGAAAGUUAAAAGAGGCUAUGGAAGAAACUGAGGCUUCGGCGGAGCAGAAAUCUUCUCAGUGGCGUGUCCUUGAAGAAGCCCUGAAUGAGCGCAGCAAGACGGUGGAUGAAGCGGCUGACGCUCUUUUGAAAGCCAAGGAUGGGCUGGAGAAGCUGCGAGGGGUGAUUGACGAUGCAAAACAGGCUAAUAUUGCCAGAGCUAAGCCUCAGAUUAUGUCUGCUGAGGAUAACCUGCACAACAUGCUGGUCGAUCUGGAUAACGUUGUCAAAAAGGUCCAGGCAGCUCAGUCAGAAGCUAAGAUCAUAGCUCAGUACCAUGAGCUUGUGGCUGUGGCGAAAGAGCAAUUCCAGAAAGAACUAGACAGCAUCACCCCAGACAUACAGACUGGAUGGAAGGGACUCAAGGUGUCUGAUUUAGCCGGCAGACUGACCACAGACGACCUGAACUCUCUGAUCGCCCACGCUCACCGGCGCAUCGACCAGCUGAACAAGGAGCUGGCUGAGCAGAGGGUCCGGGAAAGGCAGCACAUCGAGACUGCUCUGGGGCAGCAGAGGAUGGAGGAUAAGAAGGCUCUGGAGAUGGCUGUGGCCAAAGCAUUGGAGCACUACCGCGCAGAAAUCCAACUGGGUCAGGACAAAAAGUCGGUAUCGGUGCCGCAUCGUUUAAAGCUUCUUCUAACUGUUGAGGAGGUGCGGGAGGUGAUGGAGGUCGAGAUGAGGACUCAGCUGCGCAGACAGGCGGCUGCCCACUCUGACCACCUGAGGGAUGUGAUAAAAGUCCAGGAACAGGAGAUCAGAGCAGAGGCGGAGCAGGAGUUGGCACAUAAGCUCUCUGAGCAAGAAACCCACUUCAGAAGGAUGACUCAGGAACAGCUGGAUAACUUCACUCUAGACAUGAAUGCAGCUUACGCCCGGCUCAAAGGAAUGGAGCAAGCAGUCGACAGUCAUGCGGUUGCUGAAGAGGAGGCCAGGAAAGCGCACCAGCUGUGGCUUUCCAUCGAAGCUCUUAACUACACCCUGAAGACGGCUUCGGGGGACAGGCCUACAGAACCUCUUGAUACAGCAGUGCAGGCCAUCAAAGCUAGCUGCGCGGAGAACGAAUUCACCCAGACCUUAAGCACUGCCCUGCCUGAAGAGUCCCUGAGCCGCGGGGUGUACAGCGAGGCCUCCCUUAGGGUGCGCUUCUAUGCCAUAAGGAAGCUGGUCCGCCGAGUCGCCAUGAUCGACGAGACCAGGAAUAGCCUGUACCAGUACUUCCUUUCCUACCUACAGUCUCUCCUCCUGAUGGAACCCCAGCAACUCAAACCCCCGGCGCAGCUCUCCCCCGAAGACCUGGACACGUUCAAGCUGCUCUCAUAUGCCACGUACUGCAUCGAGCAUGGAGAUCUGGAGCUGGCAGCUAAGUUUGUCAACCAGCUGAAGGGAGAGUCCAGGAGAGUGGCUCAGGACUGGUUGAAUGAAGCUCGACUGACCCUAGAAACUACACAAGUAGUCAGUCUUCUUUCUGCGUAUGCCAAUGCAGUGGGUUUAGGCACCACCCAGGUCAAAUAAUUUGCUAAAUAAAUAUUUAAUAGAGCCCCUCUUAAAAAAAAAAAAAAAUAAUAAAAUAAAAAUAAAAAGGUUAACACGAUUCCUUGUGUAGACUUUAUUUAUAUAUAUAUAUAUAUAUAAUGAAAUACACAGUGAAAUUUGUGUAAAGCCCUGUCUACAACAGUGCAACAUUUACCUUCUGUACAACUUACUGAAUACAACAGGGUUCUGCUUGGCAGUAUUUUGUUGCAAGGUAGAGCAGUGUUUUUGCUUUGUCUGUCUGCAAGAAAUAGGAAAUUGCAUACUAAAUGCAGUUGUGGUGUACUGUGUAGCCAGGGCUUGGGGGAUGUUUGUGACCUUGAUGGCACAAGACACAUUCAGGAAUGAUCUACCCACACUAAAGGGAUUGUUCUCAAUUUACUCUUGGUGGUGACCUCACUAUCACAGUAUUUCAGUUGGCUAGCGAUGACUCAAUAAUGAAUGCUUUGUCUGUUCAACUUGGUGUAAUGUUUUGAGUUCCUGAUUUGUAUUGAUUGGGCUUUGUGAUUUGAACCUAAUUACUUGUUUUCACAUUAUGUUGUUGAUUUAAUUUCAUACCUACUGGUACAUAUCAAUAAAACAUAAGCAAAGUUA